AUGGCAAAGGGAAUAUCCACUAGUCCAACACAUCGAAGAUUGAGCACUGGCAGGGCGGGUCAUGACUGCUUUGCAUGCACUAAGCAACGACUUCAAUGCGACCGCCAACGGCCGUACUGCUCGCAAUGCCUUGCCGACUGCAAUCAAUGUCCAGGGUACCAGGUUUCUUUAACAUGGGGUGUAGGUAUCGCUAGUCGAGGUAAAUUGCGGGGUCAGACAUGUCCUGUCCCCCAGAAUAAUCCAUCUCCUUCCUCCGAAAAUCAUGGUCACAUUGAGGGCCAACUUCACGGACCAAAUCUAUCGGGCCUGGUACGAACUGCGAAUUCAUUCCAGUGGGACAACGAUCAGUCAAACUUGUCAACCGAGUCAUUUUCAGAGCAAGAUAUUCAAUCGACCUCUUAUUUCCUCGAAAGCUAUACUGAGAGCGAGGCUGAAACCCCAGUUGUUGGAACUCUACUUCCUUAUUCACUCGGAGACAUUCACCCGGAACAUGACCAUACCCGAGAUCUGAUGUUUUCUGACUACUCUCAGGGCUCAUGUGGAAAUUCAGAACGAAUGACUACUGACAUCAAAGAAACCUGGAAAAACAGCUCCCCACUUUUUUCUCCCAAUGAAAACCAUAGCCUCCAGCAUUGCCCCGAAAAUGCUGGAAUGAUGCCACCCUUGACCACUUCGAUAUCACAGACACUUAUUCAGACGUGGCCCGGCAGUACGCCACGAGUCCGUUAUUUGGUCAACUACUUUUCCCAGAGAAUAGCGUCAAAUCUGGUUCAGUUCGACCAUAUACCGAAUCCCUUCCAGUCGUUUAUUUUGUGUAUGGCUUAUGAAAGUGAAAUGCUCCAACGCGCAAUAGCUGCGAUAGCCGCCUCCCACAUCCAACAACAAGCCGAGGUUGAUUUGGCAUCUCCAACGUCUUCCCAAAGUCUGAAGGGAGAGCUCGUACCUGGUGAAGACGCUAGAGGCCCCGAAGAUUUAAUGCACAGGACCCGAGCUGUCCAAUGCCUCAAUGAACAAUUGGCGGACGUUAGGCAUCGAUAUAAAGACGAUAUAGUAGUCGCUUUUCUUCUUCUUGUUCUCUAUCAUUUAUGCAAAACGGGUGUGAGCAAUCUUCAAUCACAACUCUCGGCAGCUCGCAAGCUAUUAGAAUUACGGCAGCGAGGAAGAGCAGACAGUUCUCAUGUGACAUAUUUUUGUAUACAAAUGUUCACAUGGAUUGAUACCUUGACCUCAAUGAUUAACAGUCGUCCGGGUACUUUUUCGAACCCAUACCUCGCGAUUGCCUGCCAAGGAGGUGGAGACUGGACCCUUGACAACACCACUGGCUGUGAUGGGUUGCUGUUUCAAGAGAUUGCCAGGCUCUCCCAGCUUCGUUCUUUUCUCAACGAUGAACAAUACCACACCGACUUUGGCGGUGUUUUAUUAGAAGAGGCCCGCUCCCGGAUUGAAUCGUGGGACAGAAUAUCAGCUGGUUGCAAUAAUCUUUCAUCAUUAUCCCCAGGGACUUGCUCUCCGCAUUCGGACACAUCAUCGACGACCAGAAAUUCAAACGCGAUAGAAUCAAAGAUCGUGGCUAUAUCAGAACUAUUUCGGCAUGCGUCCCUUAUCUACUGCCAACGAAUCCUUUCCCCCGAACUUCCAUCUAGCCAUUAUCGUGUCCAAAAUCUUGUUUCCCGAGCUCUCGAGGAUAUGGAAAAUAUCGACUGGUCAUCCAGGGUAUUAUGGCCACUGCUUAUAGUCGGCUUUGAAUGCAUUUAUGCCGAACAGCAAAACAUAGUGAGAAGAAAGCUACGGGGUAUUCUCAGGCUCUCUGGGUUUGCUAUCCACCGGCAAGCUCUCUAUAUUCUCCAAAAUAUCUGGGACACGCUAGAAAUGGAAAAUCUGAGUGUUUCAGCCGACAUUUCAAGUGGAGGCCUGGAUUUAUACUCUGAUAUACAUAAUAAUUGUAUUCCUCGAAAUGGGUGGACAAUAUGGCGGGCACUCAAUGACAGUAAAGGUCCUAACCAAGGGUGUGCUAUUUUCUGA